AUGGCCAAGAAUGAUGCUGUGAUUCAGAGUCAAGCGGCAUCCUUGAGGAAUCUAGAAACUCAAUUGGGGCAGCUUGCUAAUGAGCUAAGGAGUAGACCACAAUGCAUCUUGCCUAGUGAUACAGAAAAUCAAAGGAAAGAUGGCACGGAGCAUUGCAAGGCGGUUACCUUGAGGAGUGGUAAAAAUCUGGAAUUGACUAAGGAUAAUUGUACUAGAAACAGCGAGCCCACUUCAAUCCAAAGUAGUGUGGACAAAGGAGACAAAGUUGUGAAAUCAAAAAUUUUAAAUGCUGAUCCUGAAGCAAUUGCUGCAACAAUUCCUCCGCAAAAUGCUAUAGGAAAGCCUAUAAGCAAGCCACCUCAACCAUUUCCUCAGCGCUUUCAAAAGCAACAACAAGAUGGUCAAUUCCGGAGAUUUUUAGAUAGGAGACUUGGUGAAUUUGAAAAGGUGGCAUUAACUGAAGGGUGUAGUGCUAUAUUGAAGAGUAAAAUUCCUCCUAAAUUGAAGGAUCUGGGCAGCUUCACAAUUCAUUGUUCUAUUGGUGGUAGAGAUGUUGGUAGAGCACUUUGUGACUUGGGGGCUAGCAUCAACUUGAUGCCCAUGUCAAUUUUCAAGAUGUUGGGGAUUGGAGAAGCAAGACCAACCAUAGUCACUUUGCAAUUAGCGGAUCAUUCUAUGGCACACCCGGAAGGAAAAAUUGAAGAUGUACUUGCAAGUUGA